GUUCCCAGGAGUUCCAGGCGGGCGGGUGCCGGGCGGGGGGGCGGGGAGUGGCGGCGGCGGCGGGCGGGCGGGCGGCUCCCGCCUCAGCCUCGGCAGUGGCGUCGGCGACGGCGGAGUCGAGGCAGCCGCGAGCGCUCGGCUGAGUGUCCGCCGGCGGCGACGGCCCGGGAGCCGGGAGUUGGGAUCGCGCGCGCCGGACCUUCCGCCGCCGCCGCCCAGAGCCGGAGGCGCCGGGGCCGGGGCGGGGGGCAGCCCGGGCGCCGGCGAGGGAGCGGGCCGGGGGGGAGGGUAGGGAAUGGCGCGGACCCCGGCGCCGGCUCCCCUGGGUCCCGGCGGCGGCCGAGCACAACUUUGCUCCGCUUCUCUGCCCGGGGCCGGGCUGCUGCUGCCGCCCCCGACGCCCCCGCCGCUGCUGCUGCUGCUCUUCCCGCUGCUGCUCUUCUCCCGGCUGUGCGGUGCCUUAGCUGGACCAAUUGUUGUGGAGCCACAUGUCACAGCAGUAUGGGGAAAGAAUGUUUCAUUGAAGUGUUUAAUUGAAGUGAAUGAAACUAUAACACAAAUUUCAUGGGAGAAGAUACAUGGCAAAAGUUCACAGACUGUUGCAGUUCAUCAUCCUCAAUAUGGAUUCUCUGUUCAAGGAGAAUAUCAGGGAAGAGUUUUGUUUAAAAACUAUUCACUUAAUGAUGCAACCAUUACUCUGCAUAACAUCGGAUUCUCUGAUUCUGGAAAAUACGUAUGUAAAGCUGUUACAUUCCCACUUGGAAAUGCUCAGUCUUCUACAACUGUAACUGUAUUAGUUGAACCCACUGUGACCCUAAUAAAAGGAUCAGAUUCUUUAAUUGACGGAGGAAAUGAGACAGUAGCAGCUGUUUGUAUAGCAGCCACUGGAAAACCAGUUGCAAGUAUUGACUGGGAAGGCGAUCUUGGUGAAAUGGAAUCUACUACAACUUCUUUUCCAAAUGAAACAGCAACUAUUGUUAGUCGAUACAAGUUGUUUCCAACUAGAUUUGCUAGAGGAAGACGAAUUACUUGUGUUGUGAAACAUCCAGCUUUGGAAAAGGACAUCAGAUAUUCUUUCAUACUAGAUAUACAGUAUGCUCCUGAAGUUUCAGUAACAGGCUAUGAUGGAAAUUGGUUUGUAGGAAGGAAAGGUGUUAAUCUCAAGUGUAAUGCUGAUGCAAAUCCACCACCCUUCAAAUCCGUGUGGAGCAGGUUGGAUGGACAGUGGCCUGAAGGUUUAUUGGCUUCAGACAAUACUCUUCACUUUGUCCUCCCGCUGACUUUCAAUUACUCUGGCGUUUAUGUCUGUCAAGUGACCAAUUCCCUUGGUCAGAGAAGUGAUCAAAAGAUUAUUUACAUUUCAAAUGUCCCACUUAAGCCGACCUCUUCCAUAGCUGUAGCCGGAGCUGUAAUUGGAGCUGUACUUGCCCUUUUCAUCAUUGCUAUCUUCGUGACUGUACUGCUGGCGCCCCGAAAAAAGAGGCCAUCCUAUCUUGAUAAAGUGAUUGAUCUUCCACCCACACAUAAACCUCCUCCAAUGUAUGAAGAACAGUCCCCUUCUUUGCCUCGAAAAGACCUUUCUUAUCAGACUGAGCACUUGUCUAUGCAGACUCAGUUCAAAGAAAGAGAGGUCGGAGGUCUUCAGCACUCAAAUGGAUUAAAUAGCAGGAGGUUUGACUAUGACGAGAAUCCAGCGGAGGAAGAUGGGAUUCAGCAGAUGUACCCCCUUUGCAAUCAGAUGUGCUACCAAGACCGGAACUCUGACAAACAUCUUCAAGCCAAUGACGCCGAGAGAGUUUAUAUCAAUCCGCGAGAGCAUUAUGUGUGAUCCACUGUUUUCCAUUGGAUGUUCUAACAAAUGUAUAUUCUUAGAUUGGGGAGAGAAAUACAGGACAAUAGUGAGUCUUCGUUUCUCUCGUAGAGAAAGCAAUUCCAAUCUAAGUGUUUCAGAAGUCAUGGUGAAUGACUUGGAGCCAAUAGAGAAUUCUUCUCCUUCAUUAAGAGUUUCUUAACCACCAGCUGUGUCUGUGAACUUGAGUCUAGCUUUGUGUGUUUCUGGAGAAUGGUGUUUAACUACUAACAUUUGGCCUAUGAUGGCACGUUCAUUUAAAAGUAGAGCAUCUGCCUGUGAUGAUAGCAGUGAGUCUGCAGAGAGGCAGGCCCCAGCUGGGAGAAUUCACCUCCCUCGGUCUCAGGCACAUCACCCUGCUCAUCUGUAAGUCAAAAAGGCAGAACAAAGGAGUUCUGAUUCCAUUACACCAAUUAUUUAUAUGAGAUUUGGCUUUCCAUGAUAUUGCUUAGCAUGGUUAUAGUAUAGUGUACAAAUAAGAGACCCAAGGAAAGUGGCAAAAUUUUUCUCUUUAUACAAACAAUAGUGAUAACAAAAGCUUAAUUAAAACAUUUAGGGUGUUCAUUGCUUUCAAACUUUUGUGAAAUAUCCAUGCUAUUAGCUGCCCACUCUUGCUGUUCUCUGUGCUAACCAAAGUUCUUCUCUUGCUCUGUCUUUGGUCCCCCGGUUCUGUUCUUUGCUAGCCAGAUUAACCUAUUUCCACCUAUUAAAUACUAAAAGCUUUGUCUAAAUGAUAUAGAGCCUUAAGCCCUGUCCCUCUUUUCUGUACUAUUGUAUAUGACAAGCUCAUAUUUCACUAUUGAAAUUUCCUCCUAAUUAAUCCUGUCCACAGUGCAGCUUUAGAUAUCCUUUGCCUUCUUUAGAUUGGUUUUGUCCAAGUUUUACCUACCUCAAAGAAGCUUGCUGGAAGAUUCCUGUGAAGUAUUGCCUUUGGUUCAAAGUCAGGUAGAGAAGUUGAAAUCCUAAAGAUAGAAAUAACUCACAUGUCCUUUAUCCCUGCCCGGUACUUUACUUGGUCAACAAAAGUGAAAAGAUGCUAAGAAGGAAAAAAGAUAGUAACAAUUUACUACUGUAUCAUGCAACACUUGGGUGUCUAAAUGUUUGCCUUGAGUUUCUCAUGUCCCUUUGCCAACUUUCCCUCAGACUUAAGACUGAAGAUUUUAAUUAUUGUGGGGUCAGCAGAGGAAGAGGAGUAUGGCACAUGUGUAAAUGUUACUCCCUCUCUUGCCUUCAGCAAAACAUUAUUUUUCUAUAUGUCUGGAAGAUCAGAGGUAUGCUGUGACCCUAUAGACUUGUCAUCUGUUUGGGAGAAGCAUCUGAAAUGAAGUACACAUUUCAGAGGGGCAGGAGAAUAUUAACAUAAAUCUCUAAAAUUAGAGCCAAGACCCAAUACUAUUUGUGUUAUACUGACUCUUUUUUCUUCUCUGUGUCUCUUUUCUUUUUUCAGUUGCCUGCUUGGUCAGACAGAUUAUCCAGGUGGCUCUACAGUAGGGAUACACUUCCCCCCUAGUACUUAGGUCACCAUUUCUGGGAGGAAAAAAAGCACGCUUCAAUUCUAACCCAAUCUUCUAACAACAUAAUUAGCAAUUUCCAACUAUAUAUAUAUAUA